GCUUUUCUUUGGUUUUGGUUUUAUUACUAAUCUAAGUGUCACUAGUGUGUGCCAUACUUUAGUACUUUUGCAUACAAUAGGUUGAUUGACAACACUAAAUGGUCCCUAGAGUGUGAAUGUGAGCGUGAAUGUUGUCUGUCUAUCUGUGUUGGCCCUGCGAUGAGGUGGUGACUUGUCCAGGGUGUACUUCCGCCCGAUUGUAGCUGAGAUAGGCACCGGCGCCCCCAGCGACCCCAAAGGGAAUAAGCGGUAGAAAAUGGAUGGAUGGUUUUAUUCUACUGAAAUGAGAUUUUCUCAUUUAAACGGGGAUAGCAGGUCCAUUCUAUGUGUCAUACUUGAUCAUUUCGCAAUAUUGCCAUAUUUUUGCUGAAAGGAUUUAGUAGAGAAUAUCAACGUUAAAGUUUGCAACUUUUGGUCGCUGAUAAAAAAGCCUUGACUGUACCGGAAGUAGCAGAUGAUGUGCGCGUGACGUCACUGGUUGUAGGGUUCCUCACAUCCUCACAUUGUUUACAAUCAUAGCCACCAGCAGUUAAAACGAUUCAGAACCGAGAAAGCGAAAAAUUUCCCCAUUAAUUUGAGCGAGGAUGAAAGAUUUGUGGAUGAGGAUAAUGAGAGUGAAGGACUAGAAAGGAAAAAAAAAAGCGAGGGCAGUGAGACCGAUUCAGAUUUUAUUAGACUCAUUUACUAGGAUAAUUCUGGAAAAUCCCUUAUCUGUCUAUUGUGUUAGUAGUGUUUUAGUGAGAUUAUUUAGUACCUGAAAGCCAGAGGGGUAUGGCCAUGGGUGUGGUGACCGCCAGUGUCUCUGAGGGAAGCCACGCAGCUGCAGCAGGACGCAAGCUCCGCUGAUGUCUACGAGCUCCGACUUGACCUGCACGAGUGGCUAUGGCGUCAUCGUCCAGUACCUGAACGACGGCAAGCGGACAUGCAAAGAGGUGGAGGAGUUCAUCAGGGCCAGGGCGUCCAUUGAGGAGAAAUACGCCAAAGAUCUGUUGGGUUUAUCCAAGAAGGUGUGUGGACAUAAUGAGAUGAACACAUUAAAACGAUCUCUGGACAUAUUCAAAUUACAGACUGAACAUGUGAGUCUAUCGCACUUACGUGUGGCACACAGCAUGAAGGAGGAGGUCAAGAAAAUGGAGGAGUUCCGGGAGAAACAAAAAGAAGCGAGAAAGAAGUUGGAACAACACAUGGAGGCUCUUCACAAGCACAAGAGUACUCAGCUCAAGAGAACUAUGGAGUCAAAGAGGAUGUACGAGCAGAAGUGCAUUGAUAAAGAAGAAGCAGAACAGAAUGUGAACAGAAGCAGCAGCGGCACGAAGCACAUGGAAAAGCUCUGCGCUAAAGCCCAGCAGGCCAAAGUGAAUGCAGUAGAAGCAGACAGGAUUUACCAUCAGAGUGUGAUGUCGCUGGCCAAGAUCAGAGAUGAUUGGCUGAAGGAACACAUCAAAGCCUGCGAGGUGUUUGAAAAGCAGGCUGCUGACCGCAUCAAUUUUGUAAGAAACACAAUAUGGACUCACCUCAAUUUGCUGUCUCAGCAGUGUGUGAGCACAGACGAGCUGAAUGAGGAAGUGAGGAAGUCGCUGGAAAAAUGUGACAUCCAGGAAGAUAUUGAACAUUUUGUCAAGCUGCGACGCACUGGGGACAAACCGCCAGCUCCAGUAUUGUAUGAGAACUUCUACAGUGGUCAGAGAGUUCCACCUAAGUUACCUCCACCUCUCAUCAAGGCGUGCCCAUCAACCCAUCGAGCAGCAGGCGUGCAAGACGAAGCCUACAGUGUUGUUCACUUUUGAAGAAAUGGGCUGCACUGCAUUGGGCAAUACCACUUUCUACUGAUCCAAAAAAGUAUGCUUGGAAAAGUUAAGUGUGGAAAAAGGUCCUCCAAGACCUUCGUGAAGAACUAAAGUGGCCGUGGCGAUCAUUUGGCACAUCAGCUGUGAAAUUAGACACGUUUCCUUUCAUUUUAAUAGAACGUGUCACAAAAAGUUUGUACAUGUGGUGUAUUUCAAUGAAUCUUGUUUAAAUAAAAAAUGCUUUAUUCACGCCA